AUGGAAUUGACGCCACGCCACGACCAGCCGCUGUUGGUGCCCGGCUCAGCUAUGCUGGAAGCCAUGUCGACACCCUGUGUUGUGUCCGUGCGCGUAGUGGCUGCGGUAGAACUGCUGCCUAUGCACAAGGGAAUUAUCAGUAAUGCCAUGGUAGAAGUCUCACUUUUACACAAGAAUGGUUCAAAUCAGUUUUGUUAUAGUAUGGGCAAUGACCAUAAGAACGUCAUUUUCAUGUACUGGGUAGACACAGACAGCGUCAUUGGCGUCUUGUUUACGGUGAGGCAUAUUGAAAAGUUUGGUCUUGUCAAAAAGGAUAUCGGACAGCUAAUGCUGUCACUACGAGACAUUAUGGAGCUAAAACUGCAAUUGCCUCAUGAGCAGACAUUUCAUUUGCAGUCGACGGAGAAGAUGAUUCGGCGAGAUGCUUUAGAAGCUUCGAGCAAUCGCAAAUCUGGCAAGCUCAUAGUUCGUAGUAACGGCUACGGUGUGCCUACCAGCUACACGGUUACGACUAAUGGUCGUGUGUCGAAUAUGGUAAACACGCUCGUGACCCAUGAAGACGAGUUUGGACGUAGCUCCAAGUCUCUCGUAGUGCACGACAUUCGGGCCGAAGUGCGCAAGCUGCAGGGUUUUCAUCAGACAAAACCAAAGCCAGGCGAGAUGUGGUUUGCUGUAAACGCGGACUGGGUCCAUGCUUGGUUGCUCUUUGUGUCAAAGUACAAGGGUGAAGAGGAUCACAACCCUGGCACUGUAGACAACAUGCCGCUGAUUUCAGACGACCUAUCGAAUGGCACGUUUCAGAUUAAGAAGAAUUUGGUCAUUAAGAAGGAUUUUCGGAUGAUCAACAAACAGAGCUGGGACUACUACCAGCAUGUAUAUGGUGGGGGACCUGCGAUUGAAGUGCAGAUUCCUAUAGACUGCGCCAAUCCGCCGCAGUGGCUAGAAACUCUUCAGCUCAGUAAAGUUGCCCGUGUCAACUCUAAUUACGUCGAUAUGCACUGA